AUGUCACCCACUCAUAUUUUUGAGCUAUUUUUUGAUGACGAAGUAAUUAAGUUGCUCAUAACUGAAUCAUUGAAUUAUGCAGUUUAUAGAAGUUUUACAAAUACUAAUUUGUCUACAGACGAAAUAAAAUGUUUUAUUGGUAUAUUGAUUUUGUCUGGCUAUAAUACAUUGCCUGGACGUCGCUUUUAUUGGGAUAGUUCACCUGAUAUGCAAAAUAUAAUUGUACGGGAUUGUAUGCGCCGCGAUAGAUUUGAAGAAAUUUGUCGUAUACUGCAUUGUGCAGAUAACUCUAAUAUAAACUCUGAUAAAUACUAUAAGUUAAAGCCUUUAAAAAAUCGCUUUUUAAAACACUUUGUUCCUGAACAAGAACUAAAUUAUGACGAGAGCAUGAUUAAAUAUUUUGACGGCAUUCUUGUAAGCAGUUCAUCAGAGGAAAGCCAAUACGGUUUGGAUUUAAAGAAUGGUGUAUAA